AGAUAUGUACGCGUUUUACAUGCACCUUAAUUAUAAUUUGCGUAUGGGGAAUGAGGAUCGGGUAUAAUUUUACUGGCUCGGUUAUUGACGGUUUGGGUACCUGCACGAGGUGUUUCCGUGCAAAUGAUAUCGAUUUUCUUACUUACUUGACGUAGCGGAUUGAAGUCUGCGGAAUCUCUGGAAGUACGAUGCUUCAUAAUUUUCUGUAAUGUUACACUAUAAUGGGCUCAUGAAAUAUGCCUGACGCAUUCACGUAUAAAUCGCUAUCUUGUUUAGAUGUUACAAAACGCCGGUUCAGCUCAGUCGUAAAGGUUAGUUAAUUAGCUCUUUCUUUGCGAUGGCGGAAGUUGUGAUUGACCGUCUUCCAAAUGGCGACAUUAUACCCGGCGGUCAGAGCCGCCACGUGGAAACACAGCGACGUCGUCGAUUACGCCAACCGGUCAUUGAAUUCCCGAAUUAUGAUGACGAGCUGAAAGAGGGCACGCAACUGCAAAAUGUGUACAAGAAAGCUGGUUUGGAUAAAGAUCAGUCCGUUGAUCGUCAGCCUCCGAUUUUGCCUUUGGUACAAGACGAAACCAUCACCCCAAUUACGGACGAACUGGAUGGAAGGACACCACGAAGAGUGCGCUCGCAAAUUCUCGAUUUGGAGCGCGGAUUAGCCAUGAACUUAGCGGGUGUGAAGGAAGAUAUCGUAGCAUUAUCGAAUGAUGACUUCCACAACGUUAUUCACCACGAGUCUGAUAUGGGACAGAUUGAUGUUCAUACCGUUGAUUCAGAGAAGGUGUACGUGGAGCGAAAAGGUCGAUUCUAUGCCCUUUCACAUCGACCACUACAAUGGAAUGCUUCGGCUGAUUCGCCGCCGUCUGUUGCGCAAGCCCAAACAUCAUCUGCAUCCUCCAUCCCGUACAUCUACCUUGGUUUCCUCUUCUUCCGGCGUGCCUGUCUGUUUUCGCACGGACUCCUGGCUGGUCUGGCCUUAUUCCACUGUAUUGUCGUCCACACCAUGACCCCUCCGAAACAAUCUAACUGGGAUCUUUUCGCCGAAAUCUAUAUUCCCGAAGCGAUCUGGGUGAAGACCGUGUACCAGCUGCUGAUCGCUGUGUGUUGUGUGUCCUGUCUGUGUCGUACGGAUUUGCUUGGCCGCGUGGACUGGACGCUGAUACAGGAGAACUCCGAAUCCAUUGUGGCGCUAGUGCUGUAUUUCGGUGCAGCCGCUUUGACCCAUUUAUGUGAGAUAACCACCGUGCGCUUGUUGAUGGAAUUCAGUCGGCAGCCGGGAAUUUCCUCCUCUGACAUGACGAAUGAGCUGAGCAGAUGGAGAAUUAUGGAUGCCGUCCGAACCGGCUGUGUUUGCUUUGGUUGGUUGCUUCUUUCAUGGAAUUGGAAACGUGAUCGAAUGCAUGCUCAUCUGAAGCCACGUUUCAAGGCAAAAGACCAGAAAGAUCGCUCGAAAUAGGACCGAUUAAAAACAAGUCCUUCCUCUGUUUCGAGAGAGCCAUUGAUUUAGCCACUCAGAUAUUUCCAAGUUUCGGAAUUGGAGAACUGCUUCAUUGCGAUACAGUUGCUGUUCCACUGAAAAUCUGCGUGUAAUGAAGUUACUUACCGUGCUUAUGUAGAUCUUAGUUUUGUUGUGCAGGUAAACGAUUUAAAAGGCGGUGACGAAUCGCUUUCGGUACUUCCGCUUUUCGCAUGCGCUGUUAUUGCCAGCUAUGAUAUGAUUUUUCAACACUGAUAUACCGACCUUCAUUAAAGUUAUUGUGAUUAAACUAGAUCUGUUCACGGUGCAAC